AUGGGUUUCAUGAAGACCAUCGGCAUCCUCGCCACCAUCGCCGCCACGGCCUCCGCCUUGCCGCAAGGCUUCGAGAAGCGCCAGGCCACCAGCACAUCCAGCGCCCCGAGCACAUCCUCCUCUGCCGCAUCCAGUGGCAGCGGCAUCCAGAUCGUGAACAACAUGGACUCCACCGUCUACCUCUGGAGCACAUCCAACACUGGCGGCUCAAUGCAAACCCUCCCCUCCGGAGGCGGCACCUACAGCGAGGACUGGCAGACAAACUCCGACGGCGGCGGCAUCUCCAUCAAGAUGUCGACCUCGCAGAGCGAGGACUCCGUUCUCCAGUUCGAGUACACCCAGAACGGCGAUACCCUCUACUGGGAUCUCUCGUCUAUCAACCUUGAUUCGAGCUCGGACUUCGUUUCCCAGGGCUUCCAAGCGAUCCCCAGCGACUCCAGCUGCAACUCUGCGACUUGUGCCGCUGGUGACUCGAGCUGCGCUCAGGCGUAUCAGCACCCCGACGAUGUCGAUACCAACAGCUGCUCGCUUUCUUCGGGCUUCACCCUCACCCUGGGCUAA